AAACUCCCUUCACUCAAAUCCCUAAAUCUCUCACUCCCACCCCCAAUCAAAUCCCCCAAUUUCCACAUUCCCCAUUCCCCUCCGCCACCAUGCCCCGUCCCUUCCCCCUCGCCACUCUGGCUCUCCCUCUCCUCCUCCUCCUCAUCUUCUCCCCCUCCUCCGCCGACGCUCACAACAUCACUAGAAUCCUCGCCAAACACCCUGAGUUCAGCACCUUCAACCACUACCUCACAAUCACCCACCUCGCUGGCGAAAUCAACCGCCGUCUUACCAUUACUGUCCUCGCCUUAGACAACUCUGCCAUGUCCGCUCUUCUCGACAAGCAUUUCUCCGUCGGCACCAUCAAGAAUGUGCUCUCGCUUCAUGUUCUUGUUGAUUACUACGGUGCUAAAAAGCUUCAUCAGCUUUCUAAAGGAACUACGCUCUCUUCUACUCUGUUUCAGGCCACCGGUUCCGCUACUGGUACUUCUGGAUAUGUUAAUAUCACUAAUAUGAGAGGCGGUAAGGUUGGAUUUGGAUCCGAGGAUAACGGCGGCGAUCUCAAUUCCUUCUAUGUUAAAUCGGUCGUGGAAAUGCCUUACAAUAUCUCCAUCUUGCAGAUCAGUAAGGUUAUAACAUCCGCCGACGCCGAGGCUCCAACGGCGGCGCCGGUCAGUUUGAAUCUGACGGAGGUCCUGCCAAAGCAAGGUUGCAAAGCCUUCUCUGAUCUCUUAAUAGCUGCUGGCGCCAUUGAAACAUAUCAAUCGAACGUCGAUGGUGGACUAACGAUGUUUUGUCCAACGGAAGACGCACUCAAUGCAUUUCUUCCCAAGUACAAGAAUCUCACGGCGGCGCAUAAAGUAUCGUUGCUAUUGUACCACGGUAUGCCGAUUUACUUAUCGUUGCAGAUGUUCAAAUCGAACAACGGCGUCGUCAGCACGUUAGCCACAGACGGCGGCGCCAAGUACGAUUUCGUCAUCAAGACCGACGGCGAGGACGUCAUGGUAAAGACGAAGGUUGUGACGUCGACAGUGACAGCGACGCUGAUAGAUUCGGAGCCGUUGAUAGUGUAUGAGGUCGAUAAGGUGUUGCAGCCGAAGGAGCUUUUCAAGGCAGUACCGGAGGAGGAAGAGGAGGCUCCAGCACCGAAAUCAUCGCCGAAGAAGAAGAAGACGAAGGCACCAUCGCCUAAGGCGUCGGACGGAGAGGAGUCCGAGGAUGCAGACUCCCCAAUUGGGUCGGAUGAGUCGGACGGAGAUCCGGCGGAUCAGACAUCAGAAAAAGAUGGAGCGUUUGGAAGGAACGGUGAGAGAUCGAUGGCGGUGGUGGUGAUGUUGAGUUUGUGGUUGGGUGUUUUGCUCGUAUGAUUUGUAUGAUGGAAUGGAGACGUGGCGUUAUAUUAGAGGUCCGUUUAUUCAUAGAGCAAAAUAAAAAAAAGGAAAGUCUCACUUUGUAUUUUCGAUUUUUUAUUUUUGAGAGUGUCGGUGAUGUUUUUCAUUUUUAUUUUUACCCUUUUUUUUUGGAUGGUGUACAGUCACUUUAAAUAUCAAAUUGGGUUGUAUUUUCUUAAGUGAUUUGCCUUCAUUUUUUUUUUUCCCAUUUUGAAAAAGAACAAUAAUUUAUUUAAUUUGGAAUAAUUUAUUUUAAUU